GUUUUCUUUCAACUCUCCAAGAUUGACCGGUUUAAACAUUCCUGAUCAUUUCUAAGCAACGGGCUUGGAAAUGAUCAAAAACAAGCAAUCGCAGAAGCCCAACAACACAAGCCAGUUGUCUCGUGUGCAUCACAAAGCUGCUGCCUGCCUAAAAGAUACCAGCAUGGCAAUGAAGGAGCAGGUGGCCUUUUACCUCUUCUGUGUGUCCCUGGCAGUUCUGGUGCUGGCUCUGAUCAUUCUCCUGUUUCUCUGCUGGAUCCUCAAACAGAACAGAAACAGAAACUUCACCGAACUGCAGAUCUCAGCGGGACAACCUAGUUGCAAACUGACCAUCAGAACCAAGCCAGACCACGCGGACCAGCUCCUGGACCACCUGCUGGACAGAGUCUUUCUCCAAGUGGAUGCUGGACUAGUAUCUGGAGAAGACUUCCUGGAGGAAGCUGGACCACAAACUGGAGGAGAAUUCAUGGAGGAAGUUAGAUUGGAACCCGAGCAGGAGCUUAGAGAAGAAUGUGGACCAUACCCAGCAGCUUCAGCAUCUACCUCUCCGCCUCGCAGAGCUGUGACUGCUCUUCACAACGGACUACGGCAGUGGUUCCUCAAGUCUGCUCCUCAUCAAACUGCUCCCCGUCAAACAUCACCUGUGGAUCAAACCGACAACGUGUGCGCUCAGCAGUCCAAUGAAUUCCAGCUCGCCUCUCUCUCAUCUGCAUGCAGUGCAUCUUCAGAGGAAGACGAGCAACACGAUGAGGCAGAAGAUCAGAAACACAAAGACUUACCAAGUUCUGAAAGAUGA